AUGCAAGAAUGUCAUGAGUCAGUCCUGGCUCAGCAGAAACAGGGAGUCCAUCCCCUGAAUCCACCUGCGUCUCUGGGCAGGCCCAAGAUUUGUGCGCAUUGGAUCGUAAAUUUCCCCUUGUUUUCUGUGGAAGACGGGAAGCUCGUGAGCACUCAUCAUCCUUUCACAGCGCCCAUAGACGAGCACCGAAAGUGGUUAGAUGACCCAUCAAAACUCCAUCAUAUCACCGGACAGCACUACGACUUGGUGCUGAAUGGCGUGGAGUUAGGAGGUGGUUCUAUUCGCAUCCAUAACUCGGAAGAACAAGCGCAUGUCUUCAAGAUCCUCAAUGAAGAAACUACGCAAAUGAAUCACUUGCUCGAUGCGCUAUCUUGUGGUGCACCACCUCAUGGAGGAUUUGCUCUAGGUCUCGAUCGUUACAUUGCUUUGCUCGUGGCUGAAGGCGAUCCGUCUUUGCCAGUACGAGAGGUCAUCGCAUUCCCUAAAUCGAAGGAAGGCCGAGAUCUGAUGAGCAAAGCACCGGUCGCUCCUAGUCAAGACCAAAUUGCACGAUAUGGAGUGCAAUUUGUGGAAACCAACGAUCAUGCGAGAAAUUCGAUCGCUGCCAUUCAUACAUGA